AUGGACUGUUGUGAGGUUGUGCAGGUCCCGUUAUCACGAAAAGGUGCUUCUUACUCGUUGAUGGGAUCGAUUUUCACUACGGGAAGCGAGAAAAGAUCAUUACAGCUAGCUACUGAAGUAAACUCUCGGUUACAAGCUGUAUUGGAAGAUGUGAUGAUCAAAAACAUAACGCUUAAGGGCUCGGUGGACUCACUAAGCAACGAGGUGUCGCGGUUAUCUCGAGAGAAUCGUCAACUUACAUUAGCACACAGUCGAUGUGCUGAGCAACGGCCAUAG